UGUCGGCCAUUUGUCGUAAGCGGUGGGUAAAUCCUCAGCUCGGGCAUCUAAACGCUUUAAAACCUCGUUUUCAGUGUAUCCCGUUUACCUUUUUGUGGAGAUUUGUAGGCGACCUCCUGCACAACUUUCAAAAUGCAGAACGACGCUGGAGAAUUUGUGGACCUCUACGUCCCACGCAAAUGCUCUGCAAGCAACAGAAUCAUUGGAGCCAAGGACCACGCCUCCAUCCAGAUGAACAUUGCUGAGGUCGACAAAGUGACCGGUCGCUUCAACGGUCAGUCCAAGACCUACGCCAUCUGUGGAGCCAUUCGCAGAAUGGGAGAAUCUGACGACUCCAUCCUGAGGCUGGCCAAGACUGAUGGCGUUGUUGCGAAGAACUUCUGAGUCACAUUGGAACAUUUGUUAAAUAAAAUGGAAGAAAAAAGCUA